UCCUAGCAUCCUCUCGGGGCGUGGCCAGAGCUUAUUAAAUGGGUUGGUAGCAGCGGUGGUGUCGCUCGCUGCUUAUAUCCUGGCCUAGUGCUGGUUUACCAUACCGUUGAUCAGACGUGGGCACUGGGCAGACAUGGCCAAGUACGUGGAGUUAUGCACGAAGACAAAAAUGCCCAUCUUGGGGCUGGGGACCUGGAAGUCUCCACCAGGGAUAGUAGCAGAUGCUGUGAAGAAGGCCAUUGAUGUAGGAUAUCGCCACUUUGACUGUGCAUAUGUGUACCAAAAUGAAGACGAAGUUGGCAAUGGUAUCCAAGAGAAAAUCAAGGCAGGAGUUGUGAAGCGUGAGGACCUUUUUGUUGUCAGUAAGCUCUGGUGCACAUUCCAUGAGAAAUCCCUGGUGCAAAAAGGAUGCAAGGCAACCCUUGCAGCUCUGAAACUGGAAUACCUGGACCUUUACCUUAUUCACUGGCCUGUGGGAUUCAAGGCUGGUGAUGACUUGUUCCCUUCUGACGAAAAAGGCAUGAUAAUACCCAGUAACACAAAUAUUCUGGAGACCUGGGAGGCAAUGGAGAAGCUUGUGGAUGCUGGAUUGGUGAAAGCCAUCGGUGUUUCCAAUUUCAAUCAUGAACAGCUAGAGAAGAUCUUGAACAAGCCUAACCUGAAGUAUAAGCCUGCAAACAAUCAGAUUGAAUGCCAUCCAUAUCUUACCCAGGAAAAGCUGAUCAGUUACUGUCAGUCCAAAGGGAUAUCUGUCACAGCGUAUAGUCCCCUUGGCUCUCCUGACAGACCAUGGGCCAAGCCAGAGGACCCAUCUCUCCUGGAUGAUCCCAAGAUCAAAGAGAUUGCUGCAAAGCACAACAAAACAGCAGCUCAGGUGCUGAUCCGGUUUCAUGUCCAAAGAAAUGUAAUUGUGAUUCCUAAAUCAGUCACCCCAGCACGUAUUGAGGAGAACUUUAAGGUGUUUGACUUUGAGUUAUCUAAGCAGGAUAUGGAGACCAUCCUCAGCUUCAACAGGAACUGGAGAGUGUGUGCACUGAGCACGUGCGCCAAUCACAAGGAUUAUCCUUUCAAAGCUGAAUAUUAAAGUCUGGUUGUCCCGAAAGCCUUCAAACAUCUGUGUUCGCCUUCUUGGAUUCUUCAUCUCCUCUUCUAUACAGCAUCAAUAAGCCACCUCUUUUAACCAGGCUAGAUUCAAUAUGUUGUGGGCAACAGAGUUCAAACCACCAAUUGUUUUAUCCCCUUUGCCAAGAUUUGUCUGGAAUUGGAGAGAAACAGAGAACGUUCUGUACCACCAUUUCCUUUGUAGCCACGUCAAGCCAAUUUCUGCUCCUAUCUGAAACGGCAUAACUUAACACCACCAUUUGAGGAAAGUGAGUUCUAAUGCUUUAGUGUUUAAAAUUGUUUCUGGACACUGCUUUGCCCUGGCUCCAGAGCUUCAAAGUUUCAACUGCGUGCAGUGUGUAAGUUGCUACAUGGUUAGCUCUCCUAAAAUGUUUGACUACUUUCUUCUGACUAUUGCUUCUAAUAAAACAUGUUUGUUAUA